AUGAACCGCCGAAUACUUCGGACGGCUUUGAAACUCGGUGCACUGGUUACGUUGGCCCUACUAUUCAUCCUCAUCCUCGAUUCCCGCGUUUCUGUUUUACCCUCCCGUAUACACCAAUACCUACCAAUUUACCAUCCCGGACUGGUUGUGACCGAUGUCACGAUUGCUACAUGCUCCUCAAUAAAUCUUUUCUCAAGCUGUAGGCUAGAUGCGUCACUUUGGCAUAGGAUUGAAAAAGAUCUGUAUUUGGGCAAGGGAUGGACGUCGAAAGCAUACUUGCAUGUUCAGAGGAAGAAGGAGGAAGACCUCCUGCCAACCGACAAAAUCGUUGUAGAUUUGAAGAUGGGCCGGUUGGAUCCUGGAGCCGGAUCGGAUGCAAAAUGGGAAUCCAGACCAGGAGGGAUUUGGCUUCUAAGGUCUUCGCAUCACACCAGCGAUACGCUUACUGCGCUUGAUGUUCUCUUUGGCGCUGAUGCGGUGGACCCGCGUCCAAACUGGGAAAUAAAGGACACUCCCCUGCUCCUGGAUACAGUCACUGAACCGCGAUUGACUAUCCGGAGAGGAGCCAACAAGAAAAUAGAACAGCCAAUACCUAGGAUAAGAAAAGGUGGCAAAUUUAAAAUCAUGCAAGCUUCAGAUUUGCAUUUAGCGACUGGUUUUGGAGUUUGCCGUGACCCUUCUCCUGAGCUCAAGGAUGGCAACAAAUGUGAGGCCGACCCCCGAACGCUCGAAUUUUUGGGAAAAUUGCUUGACGAGGAGAAGCCCGACUUAGUUGUAUUGAGUGGUGAUCAGGUCAAUGGCGAUACAGCCCCGGAUGCUCAGACAGCGACCUAUAAAUUUGCAGAGCUCUUCAUCAAACGCAAGAUCCCUUAUGCAGCGAUAUUUGGAAACCACGAUGAUGAAGGCAAUCUUGAUAGAAAAGCUCUCAUGUCGCUAUUGCAAGGUCUACCAUACUCUCUGUCCAAGCCAGGACCGGAAGAUGUGGAUGGGGUCGGCAAUUAUCUCCUUGAAAUUCCCGGUUAUAGCUCCCCUCAUUCAGCUCUCAGCCUUUACCUGCUUGACACGCAUAAGUACUCUCCAGAUGAACGCCAGUAUCCUGGUUAUGAUUGGCUCAAGCCAAGCCAGAUAAAUUGGUUCAAGACUACUGCAAAAAGGCUGAAGAAGGCCCACCAGUCUUAUACCCAUAUCCAUAUGAAUUUGGCGUUUAUUCAUAUCCCACUACCAGAGUAUCGAAAUGUUAAGAAUCCGUAUCAGGGAGGGUGGCUUGAGGCCCCGACAGCACCGAGGUUUAAUUCCGGGUUCAAAGAUGCUCUUACAGAAGAAAAUGUUGUACUUGUAUCAUGUGGACAUGAUCAUGCCAACGAUUAUUGCAUGCUUGAAAAGAAUGCAAAGGACCUCCCAGCGUUGUGGAUGUGCUAUGCUGGGGGUGCUGGUUUUGGGGGAUACGGUGGAUAUGGCAACUUUGUUCGUCGUGUCCGGUUCUUCGAUAUUGAUAUGAAUGAAGCUCGAAUAGUAUCUUAUAAACGGCUUGAGCAUGGAAACCCUGGCGAACGAAUAGAUGAGGCGAUGCUGGUCGAUAGUGGGAGAAUCGUUGUCCCUCAAAAUUAG